ACUGUAUAAUAAACCGUCAAAUUCAAUAUGAAAAUGAAAGUUCAAUGUAAAUAGAAGUGCCGAAGUGGUGAUCGAAACUUGCAUGCACGUAUCAUGCAUAGUGAGCUGUUGUUAUUUGUUUACAUUGUUUGUAUCUAAGUCCAGUAAAGUAAGAAGAAAGCUGUAAGUGUAAGAAAUGUCUGAUACAGAUUCUGAUGUUACCAUUGAACCGGAUCCAAGUGAUUGGGAUCAUUCUCCAAAUCUCUUCACCCCUUCCCCACCUCAGUCGGUCUCCAAGAGACAGUCUUCAUAUCAUCAGCUGUCUGACUCUGACAAUGAGGAGCCAUGUUCCUCUGUGAAACACUCAUUUCAACAUCAGACUACAGAAGAUUUAUCCAAUGGACGCAGCUCACCAAAGUUGCUCAAAAGAAUUAACAAAUCUUCUUUGUCAAAAUCCCCAUCCUCAAGUUCACAGAAAAAUGAAAAAUCAAUAGUUUUUGGCAAAAUUGAUGAUCAGAAUAAUUCAGCAAAAGAUAAAAAAUUAGAUGCAAGUAAAGGUGUUCCACAAAAAAAAUUACAUGACUCUCAGGUGUUAAAAAGAAAACAUUCAUCAGGGGACAGUUCAAAGAGGGUUUCAGAAACAAUCUCUUCUCAAGCUCUACCUCCAUGUAAAUAUGGCUCUAAAUGUUACAGGAAAAACCCUGAUCACCUCAAGGAAUUUUCCCAUCCUUCAGCUAAUGACAGCAAUGAAAAUGCUAGAGGAAGAAAAUCCACAAAGCAGGAGACAUCUCCGCCAAUGAAAAGGCAGAAGACUGAAACAAUGUCACUGACAUCAAAAGAACCCAUAGAUAUCUUCACUCAUGCUCAGCCAUUGAGUUUCUUUUUAACCAAAGUCCAUGGAAUCUCUAGUGACUAUAAUGGUGCCUAUACAAUGAGUCUCAGAGACAUUUUAUCAGAAAGCAUGGGGAAUUUGCAAGAGUCAUGUCAGUUCAACUACAUGUUUGAGAUUCCAUGGCUCAUCCAACAGUACCCAACAUCAUUUAGACAGAAACCUCUUCUCUGUGUCCAUGGGUUUCAAGGGGGACAGAAAGCUGGAUUGGAGGCAGAUGCCAGAAAGUUUACAAACAUCAAGUUUUGUCAGGCAAAAUUAGAAAUGCCAUAUGGAACUCACCAUACGAAAAUGAUGUUUCUGCUGUAUGAUAAUGGACUUCGUGUUGUGAUCCACACAGCUAACCUAAUAGAGCGUGACUGGCACCAGAAAACUCAGGGGAUUUGGAUAAGUCCUGUCUUUCCAAAGCUAAAAUCAGGUCCUUCACCCACACAAGGGGAUUCUCCAACUCAUUUCAAGAGGGACCUCCUGCAGUAUGUUGCAGCCUACAAGGCUUACCAACUGAAGGAUUGGCAGGAUCACAUAUCUAGGCAUGAUCUGUCUUCAGCUAAUGUUUUCAUUGUGGGCUCAGUGCCAGGCAGACACAUGGCAGAAAAGAAGCACUGGUUUGGUCACAUGAAACUUCGGAAGCUGCUGAAUGAAAAUGGACCAGUGAAGGAGCAGGCUUCCAAGUGGCCAGUGGUUGGACAAUUCUCCAGUAUUGGGUCCCUAGGAGCCUCCAAAGAGAACUGGUUGUCUGUGGAAUUUUUGCAAUCUCUUGCAACAGUAAAAGGAACAAGCAGUGUACCACUAGCUCCUGUAGAGUUCAAGCUGAUUUUUCCUACUGUUGACAAUGUGAGGACCAGUCUAGAGGGCUAUCCAGCAGGAGGCUCCAUCCCAUACAGCAUCAAUGUUGCCAAGAAGCAGCCAUGGCUUCACUCUUACUUCCACCAGUGGAAGUCUGAAGGGAGGGGAAGAAAUCGGGCCAUGCCUCACAUCAAAACCUACUGCCGUCCCUCCCCGACCUGGGAGGAGGCUGCAUGGUUUCUUGUUACGAGUUCUAACCUAUCAAAAGCGGCAUGGGGGGCCUUGGAAAAGAAGGGGAGUCAACUGAUGAUUCGGUCCUAUGAAAUAGGAGUGCUGUUUAUCCCAAAAUAUUUGGUUGAGAAUGCAGUGUUUGAGUGCUCAAGUAAAGUCAAAGAAGCUGGACAGAAAACUUUUGUUCUUCCGUAUGAUCUUCCACCCAGAGCAUACACCAAAAGCGAUAAGCCAUGGAUUUGGGACAUUGCACACAAGGAAUUGCCAGAUUCCAAUGGAAACAUGUGGUGCCCAAGCUAAAACUGAUUUUUGCAAGAAAACUUUAAAUGUGUUCACCAAGUUUCAAAUGCUGAAAUAAAUCUAAUGAAUUUAUUUAUUAAAAUUGAUUAUAAAAUUAAA